AUGGCAGACAACCUCAAGAUCUCAAAGGUGGAUAAUGUUCACGUAGUAGCUCGCGGAAAAGCUUCCAGUGUUACACUGCACUUAACAGCCCACCAUCUAAUUGUCGUUCAAGCCCCUCCUCCGUCGCCGGAAUCAUCGAAACAAGCAUCGCCAUCGCAGAAACGCACAGCGCCCCCAGUUAGGUCGAGGGAGUCAUGGAUAGCAUAUCCUAUGAUAGCGUAUUGCACAUUUCGACCAACUCCACCAGGAUCUGGACAAUCUUCUUCCAUACGUCUGCGGGGUCGAGACUUCAACUUCUAUACUCUUAAUUUUGUGGAUGACAAGCAAGCUCGGGAAACUUUCGAAAAUAUAAAGAGUGCAACAUGCAAGCUGGGCAGCAUCGAAAGGUUGUAUGCUUUUAGUUACAAGGCGCAUGGGGCAGAAAAGCAGAUAAAUGGUUGGGAUGUAUAUGAUCCGAAGGCGGAAUGGAAACGACUGGGAAUAAGUGAAAAGGGGAUCGAUAGAGGAUGGAGGUUAUCUAAGAUGAACCAUGAUUAUGCCUUCUCACCUACGUACCCAGCCUUGCUACCAGUCCCUUCAGCUGUCUCUGAUAUCACAAUCAAGCAUGCUAGCCAGCACCGUUCGAGGGCACGCAUACCAGUCCUGACGUAUCUACACCCUAUUAAUAAUUGCGCCUUGACGAGAUGUUCACAGCCUCGGACUGGUAUGCGAGGAUCCCGUAGUAUACAGGAUGAGAAGUUGGUCAGCGCGUGUUUUUCUGCAACACCGCAGGUGGACGAGGCGGAUUCGGUGUCCCCAGCGGUAUCUAGAAAUAGUCCGGCUUCCAGUCAAGGCGACAUUAGCACGCCGAAUAAUGGGGAGCUGACAGAGACGGAGCGUUAUGAGGAUGAGAUGCUUGCUUCUGCGUCGAACAUCGAGAUCAUAACCGAGAAACCUCAUGUGUAUGGAGCUCAACAGAACAAUCUCAUUGUUGAUGCAAGACCUCAGGUCAAUGCAUACGCUAAUCAAGUGAAUGGUUUUGGUACGGAGAAUAUGGAAUACUAUCCACUUGCUAAGAAAGCGUAUUUGAAUAUUGCAAAUAUUCACGUAAUGCGAGACUCUCUGGCGAAAGUAAUUGAUGCUAUCAAGGAUGCUGAUGUCUCCCCUCUUCCGCCGAAUCGAGACCUUUUGGCAAAAAGUGGCUGGCUGAAGCAUAUCAAUGGCAUUCUUGAUGGGGCUGCACUGAUAGCCCGGCAGGUUGGCAUACAGCAUUCUCAUGUUCUCAUCCACUGUUCGGAUGGUUGGGAUAGAACAAGUCAGCUGAGCGCUUUAUCACAGUUGAUGCUUGAUCCGUACUAUAGAACCUUAGAAGGUUUCAUAGUACUAGUUGAAAAGGAUUGGCUAGGCUUUGGACAUAUGUUCCAGCACAGAUCUGGAUUCCUGAACCACGAGAAGUGGUUCGCGACACAGAACGAUGCUCUCGCGGGCUCGGCAAUACAGCCAGGUGGUAACGUUGAUGGGCGUGGAGAUGCUAUUGAAAAUGCUCUACUCAGCGCCAAACGAUUCUUCAAUAAGAGCAACCACAGCCAGGAGACUGUUGAUGACGCAGAUGAAGUCGCAGUCGAUCAAUCUCCAAAAAAGCCUAUAUUGGACACACUUCCACAAAGUGAUGUCACUAAGCCCAAAGAAACUAGUCCCGUUUUCCACCAAUUCUUAGACGCAACCUAUCAACUUCUCCGUCAACAUCCUACCCGUUUCGAAUUUAAUGAGCGAUUCCUACGCCGACUCCUCUAUCAUCUAUAUUCCUGUCAAUAUGGAACAUUUCUCUACAAUAACGAGAAAUCCCGUGUGGAUGCCCGCGUCAAAGAACGCACUAAAAGCGUUUGGGCAUACUUCCUAUCCAAGAAACCCGAAUUUACUAAUACGGAUUACGACGGAGGAGAAAUUGACGACCACGUCAAAGGGAAAGAACGGCUAAUUUUCCCCAAUUUGGAGGAUGUUAGGUGGUGGCAUCAAGUGUUCAACCGCACGGAUGAGGAAAUGAAUGGGCCGCACAAUCCUGCCAUGGAAAGAUACCUAGCACUCAGCGCGAACAGCAGUAAUGGGCAUAACACAUCUACAAGUAUAAGUUCGCCGCCAGGCCCGCCAUCCAGCCGCACAGUUCUCGCGGGUGUUGAAGCAGGGAUUCCGGCGAGACAGGUUAACAAUGGGACGGGAGUGAGCACAGUCAGUGGCAAUCCAUUUGCAAGUUUGAGGGAGGGGAUUGCAGGGCUGGGCAUUGGGAUGGGAAGUGCGAGUAAGAGUAGCCCGGCGGGUUUGAAUGGGUUGGCUAAUGGGAAUGGGAAUGGUAGUGGGAGUGGGAGUGGGAAUGGACAGGAAAUGGAGGUCGAGAUGCAAUGA